AUGGCGGACGCAGCUUUGAAGCCCGAGAAGGACUUCUCCAAAGAGGCUGACAAACAGAUCCCCGAGGCUGAGAAGCUGGCCAAGAAUGACCUCAACGCCGCUGUUGAGAAACUCACAGUACUGGAGAAGCAGACCCGACAGGCAUCGGAUCUCGCAUCGACAUCUCGAGUACUCAUCGCAAUAUGCACACUAUGCAAGGAUGCCGGGAACUGGAGUCUGCUGAACGAUCAAAUCCUGAUCCUCUCAAAGAAGCACAGUCAGCUCAAGCAAGCAGUCACCAAAAUGGUCCAGACCGUCAUGACCUUCCUUGACGACACCCCCAACCUCGAGAUCAAGCUUUCCGUUAUCGAGACCCUAAGAACAGUUACUGAAGGCAAGAUCUUUGUCGAGGUGGAGCGCGCUCGCGUGACCAAGAUUCUCUCCGAUAUCAAGAAGCAACAAGGCGAUCUCAAGGCCGCCGCAGACAUUCUCUGCGAACUUCAGGUCGAGACCUUUGGAUCAAUGGACAGACGAGAGAAGACUGAAUUCAUCCUCGCACAAGUGGCUCUCUGCAUCGAGAACGACGACUGGACGCAGGCUGGCAUUCUCAGCCGCAAGAUCAGCACCAGAUUCCUCGCCAGAAAACCCAAGAAGACCCCGGAGCAACUGGAGAAGGAGAAGAAGGCACGAGAGGAGAAGCUGAAGCGUGGUGAGGAGGUGCCUGAAGAGAAGGAGGAUGACACGACCGAUCUCAAGCUUCGCUACUACGAACAGCAAAUCAUCCUGGCCAAGCACGACGGCAAGUAUCUCGACGUUUGCAAGCACUACAGACAGGUCUUGGACACUGAGGCGGUAGAGGAGGACCCCAAGAAGCUACUUCCUACCCUCCAAAGAAUCAUCUACUUUGUUAUCCUCGCUCCUCACGAUAAUGAGCAGCACGAUCUGUUGCAACGUAUCUGCCGCGACCCCCGCAACGAGAAGAUUGACGACGACAACAAGCUAUUGAAGCACUUUACUGUACACGAGCUUAUGCGCUGGCCCGAAAUUGCCAAGCUCUACGGCCCUCACUUGUGCUCAACCGACAUCUUUGACAACAAGCCGGGUUCAGGCAAUGAUAAGGCACACGAGCGAUGGCAAGAUUUGCGAAAGCGCGUCAUUGAGCACAAUGUCCGGGUCAUUGCCAAGUACUAUACCCGCAUCGGUAUGAAGCGCCUUACACAACUGCUGGAUUUGACGGCAGAGGAGACGGAGAAGUACAUCUCUGAGCUCGUCUGCUCAAAGACCAUUUACGCACGUAUCGACCGACCGGCUCAAUUGGUCACUUUUGCCAAGCCCCGCGAUGUGGAUGACGUCUUGAAUGAAUGGAGCCACAAUAUGAAGGACCUGCUCGGACUUUUGGAGCGUGUUGAUCAUCUCAUUACAAAGGAGGAGAUGAUGGCGCGGAUCCAGCCCGGCGCCCAAGGCAAGGGUAGCAAAGACAAGAAGAGCAAGAAGAUCAAGGCAUAA